AUGAAUGUGUUAAAUUCUCAUACUGAGAAUGGCGCUUCAUUUGAUCCAUUUGACGGUGUUGAAAAGGAUGAGGCAACUCUAGUGAAAAUCAAGUGGUGGUCUGAUCAUGUAGAGCAAGAGUUAGAUUCACACCGAAGUCCUUUUGUAGCUUCUGAAAUACUUUUGAAACAAUUAAAAGGAUAUGGGGUAUCUGAAGAAAUCAGAGAAGAACUUCUUCUUGCGACAGUUUUACCUGUACUUCAUCGCUGUGCUUCUGUUUUGGGAAUGUAUGGAGAACUUCUCGUAAAAGCACUACAUGAGAUUCUCCCAGCAGUAAUGUUCACAAGGACUCAAACCCUAAAUAAUGGUGAGGUUAUUCAACGAAGAUCAUAUGCAGAGUGUUUUGCUCGUAUUUUACAAAAAUAUAAUUACCACAUUGCGCUGGCAUCUUCUCUUCAGCAUCGUGCCUCUCUGGAAGAAGAAGUAAUGAUACGUGUAGUUCGUAAAUUGGAUAAUUUAUGGAAGAAGAUGUGUUUUAGAGCUUGGAGAGCACUUUGUAAUCUUGUAAAUGUAAGAAAAAAAGGGUUUCAACGGUUAGCAGCACGAGGUGCAGCGUUGCGUGUAGUUCCUAUGAUUAUUAAAAGAUGGCGUCGCUAUGCACAUGAAGUAACACUUAGAGAAAAACUUUCAAAACAUGGUGCAUUAGCGAAAGAGCUGGAAGAUUUGUAUUUACUUGAACAAGACACUAAAAGUCGUCAUGAGCGUAUACUUGAAGAAGUUCGUGAAAAAAAUCGUUUAUUAGAAACAACAAGGGAACGUUGUAUGGAAACUGAGAAUAAACUAAAGGUACUUGAAGAUAUUUUACGGGAGACCGAUUUAUCUCUGCAUGCUCAUUGGAAAAGUUGGAAUGAAACGGUUACAAAGAUAUUUUGCGACACCAAUGAGUCCCAACCUGCAGUGAUAGGUAAUCUUCGUAUGGAUGUACAAUCUACUACUCAAAAUAUAACAGAUACUGCUACGUUAUACUCGAAAGAAGCACAGAGACGUAAGUGGAAAAUAGACAAAGAUACGAUUUGUCAAUACAUCACUAAAGCAAAAUUGGGAGUUAUGGUGGAUGAUCGAAUGGGACCAGAUGAACUCAUUUCGAUGGUGUCAAGUGUCUGUAAACCGGUUGAACCACCAUUAAGGUUAGUUGACGCAGUUCGUGAUGAUCAACAAAAAUAUAUUCUAACUGUUAGGUUUCUCACUUGCAUUAAUGAUGGCGGUCAUUGCUCAUUGUUUUCACAUCAUCAUUUGAGAUCCCAUGACAACUUUCCUGUUGAUUCAUGUAAAGAACAUGGUAAAGAAAUGGUAGGGCAUGUUACAGCAGGUAUUGACUCACUUCAUCGAUGUUCAGAGACCAAUGGGACCUAUCUUAAUGCAAUACAAAAUUGUUUAGCUGCCGAAGAGCUUAAUCAGGUUCAUGAUUAUUUGGGUAGAGUAUAUUGUGAGCUUGCCGCAAGUGGACUUCCUUUAAAACGUGAAAAAAUUGAAAGUUGUGUUUCUGCAAUAGUUGAACCUCAAGAUCGUCAAGUGGUUCGUGCUUUAUACCCUUCACAGGGUAUUAAAUCCGUUUCGGAUAUGAUAAACUACCUAACAAAAGUUUCACAGUUGAAUUCUUGGACAAUUACUAGCCUUGUAGAACACAUAGAGAAUCACUAUGAUACUGAUCCUAAAGAAGAACUCUUUUCAGAGCUUUGUGAGGUUGAAGUUGUGAAAUACUUUAGUGAACAUGAAUCAGAUGUAUCUAGUAUUUUUGCAAAAUUUAAGGAGAAACGUUCUCCAACGUUUCUUUCAAAGGAAUUGAUGAAGAUAUUUUUGAUUCGAAAAUUUGCUUUUCUUAGUGAAGAGGUUGAAUCUUUAUUUCAGUUGGGUACAGUUCCCGGAAAGAUAAGCAAGAAUGAAUUCAAAAACUUCUUACUUAUACUUGCUGCAUUUAUUAAUCCGUCACCUUUUGUUUCAAAUGCGCAAAAACUUGCAAAUUUAAUUGAACAAUGUAUAGAAAAAGCAUGA